GAGUAGACGAGGGUGCGGAUAAGUCAUAUCAGAUAGGGAAAAGAGGAAAUUGAACGAGCGACGGGAGCGCGCUUAACGGAUAAGUUCUAGGGCUUGAGGAGAGCGAGUGGUUUGGCACGAGAGCAGGAACCUUGUUAAUUUGUCCUGCGCACUAGUCUUGUCAAAACAUCAGCGAGAAAUCCUCUGUCCAGCUCCGUUCUGCAAACUAUGGACACCCCGGGAAAACGGAUUCCCCUUCAAAUCAUAACCAACUAAUCUCUUGCGCACCACCCGCAAGCGCGCGUUUCAAGCAACGUUUUAACACAACUCUUCGAAUCAUCCAGCGAACGCGCAGCCCUCAUAAGGAAUAUACCUGCUUUUAGGUCACUUCUAAUAUAAUCUUCGAGACCGCACGUCUUUUAUUUCAGUAUUCACUUUCUGACGGAAGCAUCGAGAGUUUUCGUCUUUGGAGUGGCGUAUGGAUUAUACAGGCGCUCGACGAGUUCAUUUCGCGCGUUUUUUCUAAUUGCCGUUGUUUGGUGUGGAAUAUCUACGGACUUUCUCGUUUUGGAGGUUAAGAAGGAAGUUUUAAAGAAAAUGUGUUAAGUUUUUAUUAUUAUUCCUAACCGAGUGCGUAUGAUAUUACGAUGUGUGCGGUGCUAGAUUCUUCGCCGCCCCUUUUCGACCAGAAUUAGUCCGUGUGGUCCCGGAGUAGAGGCUAGAUCAGUGUCUUCUCGUUCUCGUCUCGCUAUCCUUUCCCACAAAUGUUAUUUGUCUGUUUCUAUGGAAUAACCGGCAAGAAAAGCGACUGAACGACCCUGUGUCUUGUGUUUUCACCCUGCCUGUAACUGACAGGCGCCUGAGGAUUGACUCUUCUCCGGAGAAUGGUCAAUGAUCGAUGGGGAACCAUGAACAGCUCAUCGGAACUCGAAGAAGGACAGCGGGGCAAAAACCAGACAUUCUGUGAGUGCGUGCCCAACUCUUCUCAACUCAAACACCGAUGGUCAGAUUCAGAUACAGUCAGACAAACAACGCCCAAGAGGAUGAGUUGUAGCUAUCUGCUAUGUACCAUCCUGCUCUUCGUCGCCGUUCUCCUCGCGGUCACAGUCACGGGAACCAUUCUUCUUAUGAACCACUAUCAGGCCCCGCCCAUGUCAGAUGGACCGCCCCAUAUUAGCACCAAUCAGGAUGAAGCCAAUGCACUGGUGACAGUUGAGAGGGGCGAUGGAUCGCGCAUUAAUAUCUUCAUCGAUCCCAACUGCCCUGAUUAUAACAGUAACUUUCUUCGACUGGAAGGUGUGCAGACAUCUUUGCUGCACUCGCUUACAGACCACGAUACAGAUCUGAAAUCCGUCAAAGGUCAGGACCGCGCGCUAUUGGUCAACUUGGCAGAGGAAGUUGCUAAGCUGUCUGCCCAUGCAGGACAGCUGAAGAUGGACUAUGAGUCAUUGAGGAGAGGACAAAGCAACCUGGGACAGGACUUGAACACACUACAGACUGAACAGAGCAGACUUAUACAGCUGCUCUCCGAGAGUCAAAUUAACAUGGUGAAGGUCGUAAACUCUGUGAGCGAUGCCCUGAAUGCUAUGCAGAAGGAAACAGGUGGUCUGAAGGCCAGGGUGAAGGCUGACCUGCAGAGGGCGCCGGUCAGAGGUGUUCGUCUUAAAGGCUGUGCUAAUGGCUCUCGUCCACGUGAUUGUAGUGAUAUAUAUGCCAGUGGUCAGAGGGAAGAUGGCAUCUACUCUAUUUUUCCCACACAUUACCCUGCCGGCUUUCAGGUUUUUUGUGAUAUGAGCACGGACGGAGGUGGCUGGACGGUGAUCCAGCGUAGAGAAGAUGGAUCUGUAAACUUCUUCAGGGAGUGGGACUCCUACAGGGAAGGAUUUGGAAAAAUCACCGGAGAGCACUGGCUUGGUUUAAAACAGAUCCACGCUCUCUCCAUUCAAGGCAACUACGAACUGCGCAUAGAUCUCGAGGACUUUGAAAACAGCACGGCGUUUGCACAGUACGGCGUCUUUGGCGUUGGAUUGUUCUCAGUUGAUCCAGAAGAUGACGGUUACGCCUUAACCAUCGCUGAUUACACUGGCACCGCAGGCGAUUCCUUACUAAAGCACAACGGAAUGAAGUUCACGACAAAGGACAGAGACAACGAUCAUUCGGAGAACAACUGCGCCUCGUUCUAUCACGGCGCCUGGUGGUACCGCAACUGCCACACGUCCAACCUUAACGGCCAAUACCUGCGCGGACAGCACACCUCCUACGCCGACGGGAUCGAGUGGUCGUCCUGGACUGGAUGGCAGUACUCGCUAAAAUUCACGGAAAUGAAGAUCCGGCCAACGCGCGAAGAGAGAGAGAGCAAGUAAACAAACGGAUCAAGGAGGAAAUAAAAAAUACUUGUACUGUAUGUGUUAAAAAGACUUACAUCUGGAAGUUAUAAUGUGGAAAACAACAGUUGGACAGUUGUUGUCGCUCACCUGAAAGAAAGCUUGUGUUGAUAGCUUAGCAAUUUCUGUUAUCCGUUUUGUUUAUUCAUUUGGCGGAAAAGUCACUCUGUCGUGUGACUGCUGUAAGUCCUGCCCUCCAUGUGACAAUCUUUAAUGAUCAGGCCCUCGAUUUCUGUACACCCCAGCACUGACUCAGCUAUUUUGGGUCACACUUCACAUUUUUUCAAUGAUAGUGAAUGAACCAUAUCAUUAUAUUGCCCCAGGUUAUUCAUGAGUAGAGAAGAAAGUACAACAAAGACACAGUGGAACGGUUCCAAAUGCCCUUCCUGUUAUUAACAUUUAUGCAUUUGGUAGACGCUUUUAUCCAAAAGUGUCUUACGGUGCAUUCAAGCUAUAAAUGUUUUCAGUACGUGCUAUGCUCAAACCUAUGACCUUUGUGUUGCUAACCUAAUGCUCUACCAAUUGAGCUACAGGAACACUUAAAGUUGCUCAUGCAGUCGCUCCAUUACUAUACACUUAAUUUUUUACCGUAUCAAUAUGCUAAACAGACAAACCAGCCAAAUUUUUUGUCUUUGAAGCAAGAGGGGUAGUUUAAAUACAACGGUUUGAAAUAAAAGAGGGCGAGCUGGAAGUAGAGGAGUGAAGAGGUUUCUAUGGGAGUUUGUUUCUCAUCUGUCUGACGGGCCAUUAACAAGCAUAUUGGCCACUUUGUCUGAUCGCCAUUGCCAACAAGUGAUCAUCAGCCAAGCUCUUCAUGUCACGCAUACACAGAUGGAUGCCGGCCGCACGCGCUUAUGUGACACAGACGGAAAUAAAAUGGAAAUGUGAUAUCGUCGUCAUCGCAAGUGUGCAAUUCUGAGUCAGGAUGACAGUUUAGUGGAGCUGGAGUGUUCUUGAGGGAUCUCUUUAUCGGCUCGACGUACUCGCUGAUCGAGUGUGUUUACCUACCAAAUGCUCCCCCCACAUAUACGGAAAGUGUCAUUGCCUCACACAUACCAGUCGGAUACACACACACACACGGACACGUGUUGUUUCGUUGAUUUAAAUUAGCUGCCCUACACAACUCAACCAAGAAUUCACUUUAAGCGUUAACGUGGUCAUGUAUGUCAGCACGUUCACUGCCUCUGGCUCACUUUGCAAAGGUCAGGCAUCUCAGACCUGAAUAUUGUGCUUUUCCUCUCAAGUAUUGUUCUGCUCCCCUCUCCCUUUAUCGCUCGCUUUCUCUUUGUUCUUGUGAUCUUCUUCUCGUUUGUUUUACCUCUCCACUCCCCCUCGCUCUCUCGCUCCUGGAGUUUAUUUUCUUCGGUCCCCUGUGGAAGUAGAAAAGGUCAACAUGUCAUUUAGUACAAUUACACUGCUCAUUGUUCUCACGUCUUCGCUCUUUUCCGACUUGUUCCAUUUUUCUUUCUUUUGUUCUUCCUUUGAUCUCCCUAUUUUUCAUUCACCCUCUCUCAACCCAAUUAUUUUACUUUUUUGAUAAAGAUCCAUUUUCAUUAUGAUGGUGAACUUCUCUUAAAUUUUGAGUAAUUUGCAUUGUUACUGUAAUAUGAUUAAUGCACUAACAAAUGUCCAUUCCCUUAUCUUAUAUUUUAUUUUAUGAUUACAAAAAUAAUGAAGCUAGUCAUCUUUUAAUGGGGUUUUUCAUUAGCAAUAUUUCUAUGUUAUGUUACUUCAUAAAUGUAUCAAGAGCUUUAAAUUAUGUGUAGAUUUCAUGUACAGUGUGUGUUUUAGAGACUUUUAGCGCAUGUCAAAUGUUUUCUUACAGGAAAUUGACAAAAGCACACAAAUGAAAUGAACCCAGAAGGACAGAACAUGUACUGUGUUGAUAAUGCUGGAAAGUGUCCAUUGUCUUGGGUUGUAAAGAGCUGUUGUAUGGGUCAGAAGUCACAAAAAUGGACUCUUGUUGAAGUUACGGUCUGCCAGGGGUGAAACUCAAGAACAUUUAAAGGUACAAUCACGAAAAAUGAGCACAUUACUAGAGAAAGUAUAUGGAGAUAGGACUGUAAAAGCAACGUUGGAGGAUGAUGGAGACUUAAAUGGACACUUGAAGACCGUCCAAGUGCUCAUUCCUUGACCAUCUCUCAACUUCUGUCUCUAGAGUCCCCUUCAAAGUUGCCUCUGUUGUUCUGUGUCUCUGUUCAAUCUAUCCCUCUUUUUUCCCCAUUUUCCCUCGUCUCAUGCUCAACUGUGAUUUCCCCUUUCUCUUUUUCUGUGGAAUUACACGGCAAUCAGUCGCUUUUCUCUAUGUCAUCAUUUGCCUCAGAGUUAACCAUGCCUGCCUGUUCGGCUGUCAAUAACGUUUCUUCAGUGCGUUGCCAUGGCAUCGAUGCUCUGAACAAAAGCUAACAGACUGGUGAAUGAAGGGAAAAGAUGUUAAAUUAUGUAACAAUGUCAGGAAAUUGAGAAAGGACAAAAAGACUAGACGAAACCAGGAAUGAACAUUAUAACAGGAAUGAAAUUUGUAAUUUAGGGUCUUUGUCAGAAUGUGUGUGUGUGCGGAGAUGUGUGUGUAUGCGUGUGUGAGAGAGAAAGUGAAUGAAACAAAAAAAUCUAGGUGUAAAGAAAAGUAAAUUGUUAUUUCUGUGUACGACAUUGGCUCUUCAUAUUGUGUGCAUAUUAAAAAAAAUC